AUGGCCGGCAUAGGCGGAGGCUCUAACUACGGCCCAGGCGGGGAUUCAGAAUUUACCACCCAAAACCCAUGGGGAUCGGAGCGCACCACUACAGCAGAGUACUAUCCUGGAGAAACCACCAGGACCACUACCCAGCAAUGGACUCCGAUCACCACCAGCGAAUCAAGCUCGCAACCCACCACCACCACCGCAACUACGACCCAUUUAUCCUCAACCUCCUCGAGUACCUCCACCACCGCUGUUAAAAGCACCAGCAGCGCCAGCAGUUCCUCCAACAACACCAAAACCAUCGCUAUCGCCGUUCCCGUCGCCGUCGUCGGCGCAGCAAUCAUCGCAGCCCUACUAUUCUUCAUCCUAAGACGCAGGCGUCAACAACGCACCCGCUCCAUCAUACCACAAACCAACAAUGACAACCCCCCAGUCAGCAUGGGUGCAGUCCCCCGCCAAGUACGUUCACCUCCACAACGACGACCACAGCAAGCAGCGAACGGCGCAACUUGGGAGUUUGCACCCACCAAUUCCCACGACAUCCCUUUCACAGGUCCCAUCCCAGGUCGGCCCGUCCCAGAAGAAACUGAGCAUAUCAUACCUACCAACAAUCAGCCCCGCAACUUUAGCCCACCAACUACAAAUAAUCACAACUUCCAUACCGCCGCUACUGCCGCCGCAGCAGCAGGAGCUGGAACAGCAGCAGCAGCAGCAGCAGCAGCAGAAGUCCCCAACAGAGACAACAACACCCACGAGAGAAGCCCCCAAUCUACCAUGCCAGCCGUCUGGCCCUCCCCCGAAGCAAGACUCGACCGUCCAAUAUCGCCCUUCGAUCAUCCACUCGACGACGCCGUAUCUGAGAUAUCGCGCCGAUCGUACACCCACGCUAGGGAUAUGGAUGAUGUAUCGUCUGUAUCGUCAUUUGAGGAUGAUGAGCGGAGACCGGCUAUGCAUCGUUGA